CUCCCAGUUUGCGCAGUUGCACUCCCCUUUUGUUUCGCGCCACUUCCCAUCGUUCCCUUCCGGCGGAGUGAAUUUUGUGGAAGAAAGAUGUUGUGGGUGGACAAGUACAGACCCAAAACCCUAGACCAGGUCAUGGUUCACCAAGAGAUCGCCCAAAACCUUAAGAAACUCGUGACGGAGCAAGAUUGCCCGCAUUUGCUUUUCUAUGGCCCUUCUGGUGCCGGCAAGAAAACCCUAAUCAUGGCGCUUCUGAGACAGAUUUUUGGAACCAGUGCUGAGAAGGUGAAAGUGGAGAAUAGGAAUUGGAAAGUUGAUGCUGGAAGUAGAACCAUUGAUCUGGAGCUGACCACACUAUCAAGUAACAAUCACGUGGAAUUGACUCCAAGUGAUGCGGGCUUCCAGGAUAGAUAUGUAGUUCAAGAGAUAAUUAAAGAAAUGGCUAAAAACCGACCAAUUGACACAAAAGGGAAAAAAGGAUAUAAAGUGUUAGUGCUCAAUGAGGUUGACAAGCUUUCAAGGGAAGCCCAGCAUUCUCUCCGAAGAACCAUGGAGAAAUAUAGUGCAUCUUGCCGGCUAAUUCUGUGCUGUAAUAGUUCUUCAAAGGUCACAGAGGCUAUCCGGUCUCGCUGUCUGAAUAUUCGAAUAAAUGCACCUUCAGAAGAAGAGACUGUUAAGGUUUUGGAGUUUAUUGGAAAGAAGGAAAAUCUGCAACUCCCACCUGGUUUUGCUGCUCGAAUUGCAGAGAAAUCCAAUCGGAACUUAAGAAGAGCUAUUUUGUCAUUUGAAACUUGCCGUGUCCAACAGUACCCUUUCGAGAAUAAUCAGGCAAUUCCACCAAUGGAUUGGGAAGAAUAUAUUUCCGAAAUAGCAACAGACAUAAUGAAGGAGCAAAGUCCUAAAAGGCUGUUUCAAGUUCGAGGAAAGGUGUAUGAGCUGCUUAUUAAUUGCAUUCCUCCAGAGAUUGUUUUGAAGAGGUUGCUUCAUGAGUUGUUGAAGAAAUUGGAUGCAGAGCUAAAGCAUGAAGUCUGCCAUUGGGCUGCAUAUUAUGAACAUAGGAUGCAUCUUGGACAAAAGGCCAUAUUUCACAUUGAAGCAUUUGUGGCAAAGUUUAUGAGCAUCUAUAAGGGUUUCCUCAUUGCAACAUUUGGUUGAAGAACGGAUCGAAUGGAAUGCUUUCUAAUGCAAUGUCAUGUGCUUUAUUUUGCAGAGUCCUGUUACAAAUUGUUGUUUCAUGGUGUUAGAUUUAGUAGUUUGGCAUUAUUAUGUUUCUGAAAAUGUUUGAAGUGCUUGUCUGUUGCCAGCAAAAAAUAGUUGUAAGGAUUAAGGAGCAAGAGUUAGCGAGUUUUUAAAAAAUGCCAAGGCUGAAAAUGACUUUUUGAAGGAGCAAACUCCCUUUUAAAAAAUUAAAAAAAAAAUU